AUGAAACAAUAUUUUAAUUAUUUUUAUUUGAUUUGCAAAACAUCGAUGCAUCGCCUAUCAUCGAUAUUGACAAGCCAUCGAAUGUGUAUGGUCGACUAAUCGAUGUUUUGCACAUUACCAACACUGGAGCAAGCAGGGGUCCGGACGAAGCGUAACAUAAUAAUUUUUGGUUGUUAUCUAUUAAAAAUCGCUGACCAUGGCCUACGACCUGAAGAAGGAGUCGGACGUGAAGGAGUACGUGGACAAGCUGGGCGUGGAGUAUCGAUUCGGGUGCUACUCCGAGAAGAAGCCGGAAGCGUGCCACCUGCUGGGCGACUACUUGGAAGGCAUCAAGAAGGACUUCGAGAAGGCCUCCAAGGUGUACAAGUCGACUUGCGACGACUAUGGUUACGCAAAGUCCUGCUACAAAUACGGCAACUACAGUUUCCUUGGAAAAGGCAAGAGCGGCAGCAAGGGGGAUCCCCGGGUGGCUUACGAGUACUACGAAAAGGGCUGCAACUUAAACGACUCGGACGCCUGCCUCCACUCCGGCCUGCUGCUCGUCUCAAGGUCCAUGCCUAAGGAGAUCGACAGGAAUGUGCCUAAGGGUCUGGAGUUCCUGACCAAAAGCUGCGACAUGAACAACGCCACUGCCUGCUUUUAUCUCUCCGGCAUGCACAUCUUGGGAGUGCAAAAAAAGCCGGAGCAGAGUGCCGUCCCUGCAUCCGCCGGAAGUGGUACAUCAUCGCCGCCCGCGGGAAAAACGCAAUUGAAAGACUCCGACUAUAUUGUACUAAAAGACAUGAAGAAGGCUUUCCAGUUUGCCCACAAGGCUUGCGAGCUUCGCAACAUGUAUGCGUGCGCCAAUCUCAGCCAGAUGUACGCCCGGGGCGAUGGGAUCGAAAAGAACGAAAAGGAAGCGGAGAAGUACAAGAAGCUGGCCCUGGAAAUGCAGGACGAGGUGAAGAAGCAGCAGGAGACGUUAGGGUUCCAGCAGGGCGUGGGCAUGCCCAAUUGAUCCAGCUUCAGUUUGAUUCCUGAUAGUAUCUACUGCUGCUGUUCUUUGGUCCUUGCUUAGUCCCUUUUUUUUUCUUCACGUGUGUCUGUCAGGUUUCUCUUCACCUUUUACCCCUUUACAGUCAGUCUAACUUUGGUGGUUAAACUAACUAAUUUGUGUUUGUGAUUUCUGUGUACAUAGCUGGCACUUGCAUGCGAAGGAGCGAGAGAGAGAGAGAAAAUAAGUAACAAUAGAAAUUCCUAGUUUUAAUUGUUAAAGUUAUCAAGUGACAAAUGGAGAACCCUUAAAAAAUUCUGUUGAUACCUUAUAUAAAAAUACGAACCAGUCUAACCAAUAAAGUAGACGAAACAACUCCA